GGCGCAGGAUUUUGCAUCAGAACAAUUCUAACAGAACUGAAAAAAUAAUAUGUACGUGCUAAAAAAAUAAUUUUUCUACGAAAAAUACCUAAAAUUUUAUAUUUUCCAAUAAAUAUAAUAAUUUUAAGUGUGUUAGAAACAGCAAAAAGUUUUGUACAGUACAAAAAAUAAGACAAAAGAAAAUAUAAAAUGCUAAAAUUAAAAGAAAUAAAGUGUAUCUUUUAUUGCGUGGCGUUGCUACUAACAUGGGGAAGAUUCCAAUUGGUUGUGGGCAUAUCGGAACCCGGUAUAACAGAUUUUGUCUUAACACAGGAUUUAAUAAUCGAACGAGAAAUGAGACCUUUAUUGGCCAAUACAAAAAUCUAUGUGAAAAUUGAAUGUCAAACUAAUAGUGCUAGUAGUUUUGAUAUACAAAUAUCCUGGUCAUUAGUGGAACGACAAUGUUGGUUUGAUGCUCCUGAUCUCCAAAAAGCCUAUAUUGACUUUGAUAAUCAACAAAGAGCUCAAAAUAAAUCAACACAAUUGGAAAUUAAGGGAAAACUUAAUGCCACCUGUCCAAAUCAUAUAAUAGUUUUGGAAAUACCUAAUAAUGGUGAUGUCUCAAAUAGCGCUUUAAAGUCGGCAACGGUGGCAAAUGCACUCAGUAAACAGAAUAAUGUGGCUUUAACUGCCAAAUCACCAGUUGAUAACUUAAAAAAUUCAAAACAUCCAUUUUCCCCAACAAAUAAAAUAUUCUAUACGGUUGAACAUGAUGGUAUUUAUGAGAUAUCAAUUACAAUUGAAGCUAAACAGGCUCAGGUUGAAUAUUCAGCACCAGUACAUAUCGAAAUGUUGGGUCCGUAUGGUUACAUAUCAGCUACAGAUUUUCCCUUCUUACCGUUUUACGGCAUAAUGUGUAUUGUUUAUGUCAUCUUUGGCAUUAUCUGGUUAGUGGUAUCAUUUAUGCAAUGGCGUGAUUUAUUACGUAUACAAUUUUGGAUUGGUGGUGUCAUUCUGCUGGGCAUGUUGGAAAAGGCAUUCUUUUAUGCUGAAUAUCAUUCAGUAAAUGCUAAUGGUGUUUCUGUACCUGGUGCAGAGUUAACAGCUGAAUUUGUAUCGUGUGCUAAGAGAACUUUAGCUCGUAUGUUAGUGAUCAUAAUGAGUUUAGGGUUUGGUAUAGUAAAACCACGUUUGGGUCCCAUGUUGCAUCGUGUGGUUGGUGUUGGAGCAUUGUAUUUCCUUUUGGCUUGUGUUGAAAGUUAUCUACGUGUUAUGCGUAAUAAACCAGAUAUACAAAAUGAACUUUUGGUGGCCAGUAUACCAUUAGCUGUUUUAGAUACCGGCAUUUGUUGGUGGAUAUUUACUUCUUUAGUUCAAACAACUAGAACUUUACGCCUGAGAAGAAAUAUGGUUAAACUAUCGUUGUAUAGACAUUUCACCAACACUUUAAUAUUUUCUGUUAUUGCCUCCGUUAUAUUUAUGCUGUAUGCUUUGCGUUUACGUAAAGGUGAAAAUUGUACACCAGGCUGGCGUAAUAUUUGGAUUGAUACAGCUUUUUGGCAUAUUUUAUUUUCGGUUUUAUUAUUGGUUAUUAUGAUUUUGUGGCGUCCUACAAAUAAUAAUCAACGUUAUGCUUUUACUCCUUUACUUGAUAAUCCAGAAGAUGAAGAUGAUGAUGAAGAAGAUCAAUUUGUUGCCGAUGUAUAUGGUGUAAAAAUGCGUGGCACCAGCAACGGCGCCAGAACACCACCAUCUAAUCAAAAAACCACAACUAAUGAAGAAGAUGACUUACGAUGGGUGGAAGAAAAUAUACCCGAAUCAAUGGCUGAUGUUACACUGCCGGCAUUGGAUUCGGACGAAGAAAUCAUCAAUACUAAAUUUGAAGUUUCAAAAAUGCAAUAAAGCGAAAAAAAUGAAUGUUAAAAAAUUAAUCACAUAACUCAUUGUUUGCACUAACAAUGACAACGACUGUAUGGCUUAUUUAGGAAUUAUUAUUGUUUUGUGGCUUCUUUGUUUUUUUUUUAUUAAAAAUUUUAUUUAAUUUUUAUUUAAUUUUAG